GCACUAGGGGAAGUCGACUUUGUAGUUCACCACGCAUGCGCGUUAAUUACUCCGCUCGAGAGGGAGACAUGGCGUCUUCCCUGAUCUGCAGCCGUUUGACGGCUAGCCUGAGAAACUCAGGGGCCAGAAACACUCUCACCUCCGCUUCCAAGGUUCUCGGUGGUUCUUCGGGGCUGUUAGGAGGACAUGUGUCUCAGCUGCAGCAGCAGAGGAACCUCUCGCUGCACGAGUACAUGAGCAUCGGGCUGCUGAAGGAUGCCGGCAUCUCCGUGCCGGCCGGUCUGGUGGCCAGCUCCCCGGAGGAGGCCUAUUCUGUGGCCAAGCAGAUCGGUUCAAAGGACCUGGUGGUGAAAGCUCAGGUUCUGGCUGGUGGCAGAGGAAAGGGGACAUUCGAGGGCGGACUGAAGGGAGGCGUGAGGAUCGUCUACUCCCCCGAGGAGGCCCGCGACAUUACCUCUCAGAUGAUUGGUCGGAAGCUUUACACCAAGCAGACCGGGGAGGCGGGUCGAAUCUGCAACCAGGUGUUCAUCUGCGAGCGCAGGUACCCACGCAGGGAGUACUACUUCGCCAUCACCAUGGAGAGGCACUACCAGGGCCCCGUGUUGAUUGGCAGCUCGCAGGGAGGCGUGAACAUCGAAGAUGUUGCGGCGGAGAAUCCAGACGCCAUCGUGAAGGAGCCCAUCGACAUCGUGGAGGGCAUUAAGAUGGAGCAGGCUGUCAAGGUCGCUCAGAAGAUGGGUUUCCCGCCGGCGCUGGUAACCGAUGCAGCGCAGAGCAUGAUCAAACUGUACAACCUGUUCAUCAAGUACGACGCCUCCAUGGUGGAGAUCAACCCCAUGGUGGAGGACUCCUCCGGCACUGUGAUGUGCAUGGACGCCAAGAUCAGCUUCGACUCCAACGCAGAGUACCGGCAGAAGAUAGUGUUCGCCAUGCAGGACUGGACCCAGGAGGACCCGCGGGACCAGCAGGCCGCCAAGGCCGACCUCAACUACAUCGGCCUGGACGGAACCAUCGGCUGCCUGGUUAACGGAGCCGGUCUGGCCAUGGCCACCAUGGACAUCAUCAAGCUCCACGGCGGCACGCCCGCCAACUUCCUGGAUGUGGGAGGAGGAGCCACAGCUCAUCAGGUGACCGAGGCCUUCAAACUCAUCACCUCUGACAGGAAGGUCCAGGCCAUCCUCGUCAACAUCUUCGGAGGCAUCAUGAGGUGUGACGUCAUCGCUCAGGGCAUCAUCAUGGCUGUGAGGGACCUGAACCUCAGGAUCCCCAUCGUAGUGCGGUUACAAGGGACGAGAGUGGACGAUGCUAAAGCUCUGAUCGCUGCCAGUCCGCUGAAGAUCCUCGCCUGUGACGACCUGGACGAGGCCGCCAAAAUGGUUGUGAAGCUUUCUGAGAUCGUCUCUCUGGCCAAGGAAGCUCAAGUGGACAUCACCUUCCAGCUGCCCAUCUAAGAGAAGAAACCUCCACCUUUGACCUCCAUGACCCCCCCCCCCCCCAACCACGUCUCCCCCUUCCCCCCUACCGCACACACACACGCACGCACACGCAGCAACACCUCCUCUCCUCCUCUGGCAUGAUGGCAGCUGUCUGCCAGGUAAACACGAUGGAUUCAGUUGUUCUGGCGCUCCGCCCUUCGUCUCCCACGUUUCUACAAACUUUACGUUGCACUUGAGUCGAAACGCACAAACCUCCACUUUUAACUUCCUCACGCACGACAACACCCGUUUGUUAUUCAAGCAGCUGUUGGGAAAUGUUUGGAAAACAAAGCGCGAGCAGCUGAAGCUUGUUCCCGUCUCAUUGUUUAGGGUUCCGGCUCCUGCUGAAGCAUUGUAAUCCCAUUACUGUAAUACACACGUGCACGGUGGUCUGCUGUAGGAACGUAACGCACGCGCACGGUGGUCUGCUGUAGGAACGUAACGCACGCGCACGGUGGUCUGUCGUAGGAACGUAACACACGGUGGUCUGCCGUAGGAACGUAACACACGGUGGUCUGCCGUAGGAACGUAACACACGGUGGUCUGUCGUAGGAACGUAACACACGGUGGUCUGCCGUAGGAACGUAACACACGGUGUUCUGCCGUAGGAACGUAACACACGGUGGUCUGCCGUAGGACCGUAACACACGGUGGUCUGCCGUAGGAACGUAACACACGGUGGUCUGCCGUAGGAACGUAACACACGGUGUUCUGCCGUAGGACCGUAACACACGGUGUUCUGCCGUAGGACCGUAACACACGGUGUUCUGCCGUAGGACCGUAACACACGGUGGUCUGCCGUAGGAACGUAACACACGGUGGUCUGCCGUAGGAACGUAACACACGGUGUUCUGCCGUAGGACCGUAACACACGCGUGCAGAACAAACACGCUGUCAGUCGAAGCAUUGAUUGUAAGUCGUGUUCGCUGCAGACGUUUCUUUCUGCAGGUCGAACUGCACAUUUCAACAGUGGAGACACGUUUCCUGCGCGACGCUGUGAGCAGGAAACACUGAACACAGUUCUUUAUCAAGCUUUGAGCACGUUUAGCAUCUGGAUGCAGAGUUGAUCAUAUCUGGGACCUUCGCUGCCAGCUGUGGACUCGGGCGUAUUGAUCUGUGGCGUCCUGACGUCUCACGUUUUUGAACAAGUUUAAAAUGAAUUACUCAGCGUUGCUGUUUCGCAGAGAGGAGCCUCGAGGGAGAAACACGCAGACUAAGAGUCGAGCGUUUAAUCCGCACCGUGUGAUUUCUUCUUCGUCUCUUUCUUCCUCGCUGAUUACAAAGCGCUGCAGCGCUGAGCUUCUUCUCCUGACCCGUCCUGCUGAGGUGAAGCGUGCUUUAUUAUGUUAGCCAAUGAGGGCGCACUGAGGCUCAUCCGCUGCUCCAAUCAGAUGCUAGAACACCAUUGUCGUGUUGGGAGCACAAGGCUCUCGUUCUUCUGGAGGUUUCUUCUUCCAUCGAUGUUGAAAGUUAAGGAACAGCUGACGGCUGGAGUUUUGAGUUUCUGCGUAUUUAUGAUGAAGAAUUCUGCUUCCGUCUGCCAUCAUGCCUCCUCCUCUUCCUCCUCCUCUUCCUCUGUUACUGUAUGUGAAGAGCUGAGGGUGGUGUGUCUAUACCUCUUCCUCUCCUCCUCUUCUCCUUCUCCCUCCUCCUCCUUCAGUGCUCCGAACACAAGCCGACGUUGUGAGUUGUACGUCAUUUAUUAUAUCUUGUAAAUAACGCUGAUGUUCUCUCUGUACAAUAUUUAUGCUCUGAAAGAGACGACGAACGCAAACCUAAAAUAAAAACUGAGAACACAA